AUGACGACCCAGACUUGCUUCGACUUCUGCGUGACCGAAAAUGGCAGGGCCCUCUUCGGCCUCGAGUACGGCGGCGAGUGCUACUGCGGCGACGCCCUCGCGACCGGCUCGGCGCCCACCUUCUCGUCCUCGUGCUCCACCUGCGGCGGCGGCAACCGGCUGAGCCUGCACGGCACGGGCCCCGACCCGCCCGCCGCCGCGCUGCCCCCCGGGCUGCCGCCCGUGACGACCUUCCAGUACCUGGGCUGCUUCAGGGAGCCGGACGGCACGCGCGCCCUGGCGGGGCCGACCGCGGCGGACGGCACGGCGAUGACGGUCGAGUCGUGUGGGAACUUCUGCUUGUAUGGCAGGUUUCUGAUGUUUGGGGCCGAGUAUGCGAGCGAGUGCUACUGCGGUUCUGAGCUUGAUUCUGGGUCUGGGAUGGCGCCCGAGGAGGAUUGCGGUGUCCCAUGUAGUGGUGACCCUACGCAGAUGUGCGGAGGGGGCAAUCGCAUAAGCUUGUACACAUGGGCGGAGUGA